CCAUCUCGCCCACAUACUCACCCCGUCUCUGCCGCUAGGCCCCAGUCCUGGGCUCAGUAAAGCCCUGAGCGUGAAGGCUCCAUGCAUCUCUGUAAAGGUGGUCAGCCCUGUUCAGAAUGAUCAUUAACGACACCUCUCUUCCAUUUCCCCCUCCAGAGGGUUCCAGCUGCAAACUCUGCCCCAAGGACUGGCUGCUGCAUGGGAACAAGUGUUACUGGUUUUCUACAGCUAUUAAAGGCUGGGAGUGGAGCCGUGACGACUGUUUAAUGAAGAGAGCACAACUGCUAGUGAUCCAUGACCGGGAGGAGAUGGCGUCCAUAGGGAAUAUUACACGGGACCAACAUCAGGUGUGGAUUGGACUUAACAUCACAUCCCCAGGGAGGACGUGGACCUGGCAGGACGGAUCCCCGUUAAAUCAAACACUGUUCCCAGUUUUGGAUCCUGGGAAAGAGAACAACUGUGCCUCUGUGAAGAAAAACAAGAUCCUUUCUGAAAUCUGCCAAGCUGAGUUGAAAUGGAUUUGCCAGAAAGCAGCUGUCCUAGUUUAAGGAGGAGUCUGGUGGCACCUUAAAGACUAACUGAUUUAUUUGUUAGUCUUUAAGGUGCCACCAGACUCCUUGUUGUUUUUGUGGAUACAGACUAACACGGCUACCGCCUGAUACUAGUUUAAGGAGACGGAUUUGUGAGCUCUGUUUGCACAGGAGGAAUGUAAAAAGUUUGGUGUGUUUCAUCGUUAUUUCAGCUAUUAAAAACGACGGGUGAGAUGCUCAGCCGGUGUAAAUAGUAUAAAAGUCAAUGG